CGCUUCGCGGGGCGGGGCAAAGGUGGUGCGUGCUGCGGGGGCGGAGCUCCAGGCUAGGCUGAGUCGGCCGAAAGGCGAGCAAGGCGGCUUAGGUCGCUUGGGGCAGGAUCGCAGAUUUGGCCAGUCUUCACGCUCAGCUUCUUCUGCCCCUGGAGAAGUAGGGAAUGAAUGGUUGAAGAAGAAAUAAUGAGAACCGUAGUUUCUGUUGGUGGAAGGGAAAGGAGGAAUGGAAGAGGAGAUAAGAGAAUGAAAGCAGAAAGAGAGAGAGAACUUGGAAGGGCUAAAAGCAAAAUGAGCACAAUGGGAAAAACCUGGUUAAAGACUUGGAGUAUUCUUUGCCCUUCUCUCUAGCAACAAUUCUGCCGAGUGUCAUUCUGGAGAAGUUAAUAGAUUACUAAAAGAAAACUCAACACACAGGUCUUCUCAUCUGCUGACUAAUUGUGCUGGAGGCAGUUGAAUUAAACCCGAAAGGAGGAGAAGAAACAUUUACAGAAGAGGCAGAAAUACAUAGAAGAUGUCUAUGAUCAGUGCUUUGCCCUUUUUCAAAUCCUCUUAUCUCAGAUCUUCACAAAACUCCCUUAGGAGCCAGCGUCGACACACUCUUCCUGCAAGCGAAUUCCGGUGUCUCACACCUGAAGAUGCCAUUGGAGUAUUUGAAAUUGAGAGAGAAGCCUUUAUUUCAGUGUCAGAAGAUUGCCCCCUCCACCUGGAUGAGAUUCGACAUUUUCUUAACCUAUGUCCUGAGUUGUCACUUGGCUUGUUUGAAGAAGGCCAACUAGUUGCUUUCAUUAUUGGCUCCCUCUGGGACCAGGAAAGACUCAGCCAGGAUGCACUGACACUACACAAGCCUGAUGGUACCAUAGUCCACAUACAUGUUCUGGCAGUACAUUGUACUUUCCGCCAGCAAGGCAAAGGAUCUAUCUUGAUGUGGCGCUACCUACAGUACCUAUGCUCUCUGCCCUAUGUGCGUCGAGCCACACUGAUGUGUGAGGACUUUCUCAUUCCCUUUUAUACCAAGUGUGGCUUUAAAGUGCUAGGCCCUUGUGAGAUCACUAUUGGUUCAUUAAAUUUCAUUGAGAUGAACUGCGCUAUUCAGGCUCAUGCGUUUAUGCGCAGAAAUAGUGGCUGCUGAUAUUUCCCCUUGUUAAUUUCCAACUAUCUGGUUAGAAAACAAAAUAUCUGCUGUGAUUCUCAGUCCUUCAGAGGGAGCUGAAGUCUAAUGAAUCCAGGAAGUGCUGAAAGGCAAGACCUUGGUUGUCCAUGAGUAUAAGGGCCUUCUGAUUCAGCAGUAUCCAGCGAGUAAACCUACUCAGUCUGAAAAGGAAGUACUGAUAGAUCCCACCUUUUGAAAGUGUUGCCAUCCUUACUACAUGAUGCUUAAAAGAUCUACAAGUGAUAAUGCACUGUAAGCUGCUACAGUCAUUCAAUUGUAAGAUAAGAAGAAUGUAAAGAUUACAAGCAAGGCUGCCUUUAAAAAUUAUAGCUAAGCCUCAGACUUUUUUCUUGUGUCUUGCACUGGUCAAAUUCUCACAUGAGGGUAAAGGUGUAAUGAACUUUAGCAUGUUAUUGUUUAGCUUGAUGUGAGAACGACCAUUUUGCAUUGAGCAAACCAUGUGGAAAAAAAGUUAGGUGAGCACUGUGUGAAUAUGACGGUAAAAUAGAAUAAGGAAUAAUGCAAUAAUUUAUUUUCUCAGAUUUAAACCAUGAAGGCAGCAAAACAUGAUAGCUGCUUGCAGUUCUACCAAAAUUUUGUAAUAAGUUAUGAGUAUUGCAGAAAGUCAUUAUAUAUUAUUCAUUUUGUCAUUCAUGUUUCAUUCAGUAAUAACAACAGCUCUAUUUACAAGAAGAGUUCAACUGCACUUUGAAUUCAUAAAAUUGGUUACUUUCAGUUUCAUAGUCUUCAAGUAACUAAGUGUAUUUAUACAAAACUUACUAUAAGUUAUUGCUUUUUGUUCACUGGAGAGCAAUUCUAUACCUUAUUAUAGUGGUUGGCUUUAUGUAAAGGUAUGAAACUUCAUGUGUUUUAUAAAUAUAUGCUGCCUUAGCAUUAAAGCCAUGACAGACUUCCUUCCGAGCAGAAUUCCUAUAAAUACUUCCCUCAUUUAAUUGUCCCUUAAAGCAUAUGAUGUGCAUUGAAUUCUACCUGUGAAGAUCCCCUUGACACAGGAUGGAAAAGAAAAUAGAUGUACAAUUGUUUUUAUUUGUCUAAGUAUAGAUGUAUGGUAUUGUUCAGUCCAUCUGUUGUGAGUAAAGGGACAUCUUUGUGUCUAUACAUUUUUCAAUUAAAGCCAGAUCAUUAUCUAUUUGUCUGCCAUACUGUUGAUUUUAGAAAACCAGUAAUAACUUUUUAUCUGUAAAAAUGAGGUUGAUAAGCCUGAACUCUAGAGAUUAGGCAACUGAGUAAAGCAAGGGUCAUUCUGUUAAACCAUCUAUUUAGCAGGAAUGCUACUCAUUUGCAUGAUAUAGGUAGUCCUCCACUUCAGGCUGUUCAUCUAACAACAGUUCAAAGUUACGGUGGCCAUGGAAAAAGUGACUUACAACCUGUACUUGUACUUACCGGCAGUAACACUACCUUGGUGAUUCCUUUAAUCACCACUGUAAAAAUUGUCUGAUUGACUCAAUUUACAAUGAAAAUUCCAAUCCCAAUUGUGCUCAUAAGUUGAGGCCUACCUGUAAAGUUAUAGUACAUGAUUGCCACUAGUGAUAGAAAGAUACUUGGAAAAAAUAUUAUUUUUCAAUGUAGCACAAGCCACAAAUCAGAGGUUUGCAAAACAUUUUGAGUUCCAAGGGGGGAGGGCGAAUGUUCCACAGUUGAAAUGGGCAUAAUUUGAAUAUAGGUCAGAAUGCCUUCUACCAUUGUUUGCAUUUAAUUUUUUUAACUAUAAUCAGAUGUAUGUGUGGACAUUUUCUGGUCUACCUAGCACAAUUGCAGUAGAAAUAAAAGCUGAGCAAAGGAGGAAGUUAGGCAUUCUGCCUUCCUUAUGAACAGAGCAGAUAUCUGUUUGUUUGUUUUUAUUAGUAUGGGACCGGGAAAAGACUCCUUACUAAGGCAGUAUAAGCCUAUCUACUCAAAGUAAGCACUGCUAAAUUCAAUGAUAUUAGCUACAAGGAAACUGUUGAGAACUAUAAAUUUAUAGCCCAUUGUGUGUAAUCAAUGACUAAUUAUAAGGAAGUAGUUGCACAUUUGAAUUCAUUACUUGGUCAGCCUGGUGCAUAAGAAAAUGUUAAAAGUUCUUGCCACUGAAUAAGGAAGCAUUCUCCAAAUGUUAUUGCGUGUGCCAUUUACCACUUGUCAGAUCAGCAAUAAAUGUCUUUUUUUCCUGGUCUUGGUCUUUUUCCCUGUUCCUAUACAAUGAUGCAAUCAAUCAGACUAUGAUACUGGGAAGUUAUUUUAUAUAAUACAGCCAGGUUGAGAUUGUGAUUGGAGGUGAUGGCAAAAAAUGAAUUAACUUCCAUUACUCGGGUCACUCCACAGGUACACAAUACAGAUAAUGAACAAGAUUCCAAGAGUAAGAACACUUCAAAAAAUUAUUAGUCAAGACAGUAGAUCCUGAAAGGCAGCCACAAGGCUUUGCGAGACAUAUAUUGUCAUGGCACUUUUGCGCAUAUACUUGUCAAUCAAAGAUUUGGAAGGAACAGAAGUGCAGUGCUAGAGGAAUGGCAAGCUUUAACCAAUUUUGGGAGCAAGUGGGAUAAAGCGGUUAAGCAUUAAAAUUAAUAUACUUUGGAUGCAAAGAAAUGAUUACCAAAACUAUUUUUAAUGAAAAGUA